ACCGGAAACACGUGACCUCCAGAGGACCCGGAAGUGACACAGCUUUAUAAAGGAAGGAAUCCUAUCAUUGAAGAGGUGGCCGUUGUGGAACGUCGAGAAGAACAACAACAAAACCAGGAGCGAUGGAUCAGAUGAGAUCUGCGUUUAACGGCGUGGUUAAAAGCGUGCGUUACAGCAGGUUCACCCUGCAGCCCACAGAGAAUGGAGAAAGGCAUGUGGAGGUCAAACUGUCUGAAGAUGGCACUGAGGAGUUCACAGACGUGGAGGCCGAGGGCUCGCCAAGCUUCAGGCCGGCACCUCGAAAUUAUAGCCGGCGUUACAUUGCCUGGCUGCUCCUGGGAACCUUGCUGAUAUUUAUCACUGGCUAUCUGGUUGGUUAUGUCAGUCACAGUAAACCUAAAGUGGAGUCGGUGAACUGCAGCCCAGAGAAAAAUCAGACAACAGGGAAGCAGUCUGUGGUUGCAUCAGUGACACAAGCUCCAGUUGCAUCACUGACACAAGCUCCAGUUGCACAACCUGCAGAGGUUGAGAUGGACUUCAAGAGCAUCUCUCAACUUCUUGCGAGGAGAAUGACCAGAGAGGCCUUUCAAAAUACUCUAAAGGACUUUGAUCGGCCCGAGCGUUCAGCAGGAAGUGAUGAAGACAUGAGUUUGGCAAACCGCAUCUUUGAUGGAUUCAAGGAACAGGAGAUGGAUCCCUGGACAGACAUCCACUAUGUUCAGCUGCCGAUGCCAGACAGCCAGAAUCCAAACAAGGUUCAGUUUGGUUCAGAAGAUUUCAGCCUUACUGGGUAUCUGGCCUAUAGCGCUACAGGCAGAGUUCAGGGCAAACUUGUGUACGGCAACUAUGGGCGUAAAGAGGACUUGGACAUCGUGAAUAAAAAUAAGGUUGAGCUAAAAGGCUGCAUGCUGCUCGUCCGUGCUGGAAAGCUCAGUUUUGCAGAGCAGGUGGCCAAUGCUGCAGAUAGAGGGGCGUCUGCUGUUCUGAUCUACCCCGAUGAAGCUGAUUACAAUUAUGUAGCUGACACUGUGCUCUAUGGACAUGUCCAUCUGGGCUCGGGUGAUCCCUACACCCCUGGAUUCCCCUCCUUUAACCACACCCAGUUUCCCCCAACUCAGUCAUCUGGCCUCCCCAAAAUCCCAGCCCAGACUCUCACCCGCAGUAUUGCUGUAAAACUUCUUCAGAAAAUUGGUGGUCCUGAACCAGAUGCAGCAAGUGGUUUUAAAGGUGGAUUCAAGCAAGUGUCUUACAGUCUGGGAGGCGUUGAGAACAUCACUGUUGAGGUCAACAACAAGCUGGUGAACAAGGAGAUCCAUAAUGUGUUUGGGGUGAUCAAAGGAUUUGAUGAUCCUGAUCGCUACAUUGUACUGGGAGCUCAGAGGGAUGCCUGGGGUAGCGGCUACGCCAGAGCCACUGUUGGCACCUCAGUACUGGUACAGCUGGCCAAGGCUUUCCAUGAGAUGGUCGAGAAUGAUGGGUUCAGGCCCAGGAGAAGCCUGGUGUUUGCGAGCUGGAGUGCAGGAGAAUAUGGAAGUGUUGGCGCCACAGAGUGGCUUGAGGGUUAUAUGGCCUCUAUUGACAAAAAAGUGUUCACCUACAUAAGCCUGGACGGGGUUGUCAUGGGUAAGGGGGGCUUUAUGGCCUCAGCAAGUCCACUGCUCUACAGCCUCCUUGAGACCACGAUGAAAGAGGUAAAUAGUCCUGUUGGUGCUGGCACGGUGUACGACAUGGCAGGAAAAACGUGGGAGGCUAAUGUAAUGAGACCGAUGACAAUAGAUGACCCAGCCUAUCCCUUCUUGGCUUUCUCUGGAAUUCCCUCAGUCUCCUUUCACUUCAUCAAACCAAAUUCUGAGGUCUACACUUAUUAUGGCACUCAAUUGGACACCAUGGACCACCUUAACUAUGAAACCAACCAUCAGACCAACGAGGUCACGGCGAUAGCAGCGCAGUUUGCUGGUCAGAUGGCCCUGCACCUGGUUCAUGACCACCUGCUGAGCUUGGAUGUGAACCGGUACAGCAAAACCCUCACCAAGGCUGUGGCGGGAGUCUACAAACGCAUCCGGCUGCUCCCACAGGUGAAGGAUUUGAGUCCCAGCUGGCUGAACCGUGCACGAGGCUCCUUCCAGCGUGCUGCCAGUAACCUCUACAAUGACAUUGCCAACACCAACUUGGAUGACAAAGAAGCCUGUCGAAUCCUCAACGACAGGAUCAUGAAGGUUGAGCACAGCCUCCUCUCUCCAUACGUCUUACCUGUUGAGGUUCCCUUCCGUCACCUACUGUUUGGCCGAGGCUCCCACACUCUGGCGUCCAUUGCUGAGACUACUGACAUGGAUGAACUCCGCACCCAGCUGGCCCUAGCCACCUGGAACUUGCAGGGAUGUGCCAAUGCCAUGGUGGGAAACAUCUGGGACCUUGAUGAAGAAAUUUAAAUUGGUGGGACGCAGAGAUGUGAGGGUGGGAGUUGUGUGUUUGCAUGUGUAUUUUUUGGAAAGUAAGUUUGAGGUAAAUCAUAGCGCUCCAGUAUCAGCACUUAAAAGCACAAGCCGUUAAUCAGAAACCCCAACCUUUGUUCCAGGCUUAUACUCAGAUUUCAGGGGAAUUCAAAUAAAUUCCACAAAUAGUCUCAAAGAGAACAGUGUUAAAAUGUAGAGCUGAAAACUGUGAACAAGGAUUACUUGACGAAAUGAAAUGCUACUGACAAAUCCACCUCCUCAAGUAGACUCGAAGCUCUUGCUGCGACCACUUGCCAUCAAAGCACUAAAAGACCUUAUAUGUAUUUGUUUUUUAUUGUUUUGUUUUUUAAAUUAUUUAUCAGUGGCAGUGUCCACUAUAAAGCUGUUGUUUGUCUUUUUAUACGACGUUAUCGGAAGCAGUGUCUUCCAUAAUUAUGACGGUUAUACUGUCGAAACCUACGGCAGUAUCUGCUAAAGAAAUGACUCCAAAUGUUGCUGGAAAAAAGACCCAGAAAAAGUUUAAUCUUUCUACCCUCUUUUUCUUCCUUUAGCGUUGAGCUGCUGUAAAAGCAGGCUUUCACAAAUAGACUGACAUAACUGCAUCUGUGGAUUCCCUCUGUUAGAAGGGAGAAAUUAAUGGUAUAAAAAAAAAAAAAAAAUUGUAUCUUGGUAGAUUUAAAAAGUCUGUAUUUAAUGAGAUUUUCCAAUGCCUGACUAAAGCUGGCAAGGAAACAAAAAAAUUGUCUGCAGCUUGUGGAAAAUUGUUUAUUUAUCACAAGCAAAGAGAUUUAUUCUGCAAUUGGUGGCAAAGUGAAUGUCAAAUAAGUUUUAAAAAAACAAACAAAAGCAAUGCAGGCACAAUACUAAAUCUGAGCUCAAAGAGACAUUUAUGUUGCACUCUCUACUUUGGAGCAUUUAAUGAGUUUUAAUAAUUUUAUUGGGAGCAGUGCCUUCCAUAAUUAAACCGCAUUAUCGGGAGCAGUGCCUUCCAUAAUUAAACCGCAUUAUCGGGAGCAGUGCCUUCCAUAAUGAUAAACAGUGACGGUAGUUUUUGCCUACCAUUGUGUGUUUUUUUGUAUACGUGUAUUUAUCGAGAGCAGUGUCUCUCAUAUUUCACUUGAAAGGUGGAACAACUUAUCGGGAACAGUGUUUCCCAGAGUUUUUAUACUUACUGUAUUUGUUUUGGGUGCAUAUAGGUAUUGUCCUCCAUAGAGUGUGUGCACUCUUCUGGUUCCUACUGUUUUUGCUUGUGCAUACAUUUCCUCUUUAAUACUAUUACUAAUCAUAGUGAGCCUCAUCUGGGCAGGAUUGACAGUACAGGUCGAGGUAGAAAAUGAGGACAUUAUUCCAAACGGUGCAUGACCAAAGUCAUCUAAAUGGGGUGGUGGGAAAAGCAAUUUGUCAUUUGUAUUGGUUAUAAAUCAGCUAGGAAAAACUCAACACUCACAUUUCUAACUUUUCAAUAUGAAUUGAUAGUUCUGUGUCUAUAGGGUUAUUAUAAUCAGUAGGUGCUCACAGCCAAUUCGGGUUAAAUUGUGGCACCAAUAAAAGUAUACCAGUGUGUCGGUACCUGCAUCAGAUUCAAAAUUUUGCUUUUUGAGUUUAAUCAGUUUUUCUUAAUUUAAUCAAAUUGUAACUUGCUGAUCCUCUUUAAAAUUAAGCUCAAGGAGAAGUAGUUGGGACAAGGAGAAAGGGGCUACACACCUAAAUCUACCCUGCAGUAGCAUAUCGAAGCUUUUACAGGGUCUCCCUCUUUUAAUAGCUGUGAUGUCUAUAACCAGAUUAUUACUUUAACGUGACUUAGGCUUGCCUAUCCUUCAAAGUUAUUUUAAAAUUCAGACAUUUCAUUGACAUAAUAGGGAAACUGCUGCUUUCAUUAUCAUUUUUUUAAAUUACCUACUGCCUUCCCAGUGAAUCCAGUCCAUAUGAGGCUCUUACUACUUAUACAAUAAUUCUAAGCACUGAAGGAUGUUGAAAUGAGUGCACUAUAAUCAUUAAAGUUAUAGCAACAAACCUGGUCUGUCAGCCUUGUGACCUCAAAACCUCUUUUCUUUGUUAGUGACUGAAAACACAAAUGAAUUCACUUGCAUGGGUUUUCUCCUCACUGCAUGUUACUAAACUGUAGCUCCAAGUGGAACCAUAUUACAUAGUUUCACUUGUCCAAAUUAAAUUUAUUUGUGGUUGUUUGUUGAUCAUAAUUUCAACUAUUUGGCCCUUUUUUCCUGGAAUUGUUAUCCCUGAAUUAGUAGAGUUAUAACCGUCAAGUUAAAAUGUCAUAAAUCAGUACAGGAUAUUAAAAGCUACUAAUCUUAUCAAAUGGAUCUGUCACUGAAAAACUGUUUCAUUAUUUGAGCUGAUUUAAUUAGUUCAGCUACUCCUGUAUUGUCUUGCAUCCAUUUAUCUUGCAUCCAUUACAAGAAUAAGUUUCUCCACAUCCAGAACUAGAAAUGUGAUCAUUAGAAAAUUUGUUUUGGCUCACUGUGUUGCUGGAAAAAUACUGAGAAUGAUUUCUGUACUUCAGAUGUUGUUGACAUUCUUUAUUGUGACAUCCAUGUUCAGUAGAAAAUUGUAAUAAACCCUUUGGCUUAGCAUAAA